AAAUAACAUUGAGCACACAGUAUCAGCAGCAUUUGGAAAUGUCCAAAAAAUCCAGCUCCACCAUCUUGGUAGACAGCCAGACACUUCUGUCACUCAUGCCUCGAAAAACCUUUGACUACCAUCUGGGUGCUCUGAUUACGUCGCUCAAUUUCGAUGACUCGGGCCAGUACUUGAUAAGUGCUGGCAUCGACAAAUCUAUCCAACUUUACGACGUCCACAAAGGAAUUCACACAAAGGACAUCCAAUCGCAGAAGUACGGCGCUCAUCUUGCCAAAUUUACCCACAAGGACUUGAAUUGUCUCUAUGCAUCGACUCCUGAGGCAGUUCCCCAAGAUGAGCCCAUUGACCACGCCAUAAGAUACUUGUCAUUGUCCGAUAAAAAGUAUCUUCGGUACUUCAAGGGCCACAAAAGCCAGGUGGUGUCCUUAGAGGUGGACCCUGUUCACGACAUGUUUAUAACCUCGAGUUUCGACAAGUCCGUCAAACUAUGGGAUCUCAGAACCUCCAAUCCAACUGGAAGUGUGGAAGUCGGCCAACCGGUUCUUUUGGCGUACGAUCCUCAUGGCAUUGUGUUUGUAACAGCUAAACUCCCCGGGUAUGGCGGAGGUGAUGGUGUAGGCGAGUUGGAAUUCUACGAUACAAAGAACGUCCACCAGGUACCUUUUUUGAGGUCUACAAUCCAUACUCGGCCUGAGUGUACGUGGACUAAUAUCGAAUUUGCCAACAACGGGAAGUACUUGUUGCUCUCCACCAACACCAGUGAACACUAUUUGAUAGACGCUUUUCUGGGACGUCUUCUCACCCGGUUGGUGAUGCAACAUCCAAACUACAAACUUAAUUCCCAUUACCCGGUGUCACACACCUCGUGCUUUUCUUCGUGUGGCCGGUACGUGAUUGCCGGGUCGUCGGUGCUGGAAUUGCUGGUUUUUGAUCUCGUUGGAAUCCAGUCUUCCAACGGUUCAGCUACUGUCAAGGACUCAGACAAUCCGUCCACCCUCUCUCCAUUUAAAACCAUUUCCACCAACCAGGGCAUCCCCAAACUAAUUGCAUUCAAUCCCAAGCUUUUCACGGUCGCCACUGCCGACAACUCUGUCACGCUAUGGCAGCCCAGCUAGUAUCUGCACUCUCUGUACUAUAGUUUAAUCUCAAUAAACAUCGCAAUUCGCACCC